AGAUGAAUCUCAAACAAAGAUCACUUUUAAAAUUAUUGAUAAAUAUGAGCCUAUUUGCGAAUCAAAAAAGGCAGGUAGAAAAUACAUCAGGGGUGGCCCCAAUGUUAUACUUACAAAGAAAACGAGACCAGGAUUUUGGGUAGGAAUAAAUGAAAAAUUUCUGGUCAGAGAAGUCAGUGAGCAAUCUGAAGUAGAAAGACUUGAUAUCAAUGCAGUAGUUUAUGGAUUAUAUCAAAUCCGAAAGCCAGAUGUCAAUCGAUUAAUGCCUAUAAAGGAUGGUAAACUUAACUGUGUAGCUGAACGAGUAAUAGAGCAUUUUGAUCAAGCCAAAAGAGGACAUGGACUCACAAAAAUUCGUCAGCAAAAAAUAAAUGAUUGGGAGAAAAAAAUGUGCAUUCCAGGUGCUCGAGUAUGUGAUGUAGCAGAGUUAGAAAAAAUUCUCAAGUAA